AUGAAUUCUGGGAAAAAGCUGAUGAACAAUACUGUCGGAGCAGCAGUUGAGAAAAUAGAACUUGACAACAAAAUUUCUCUCCGGGCACUUGCUCCCCUGUUUAAUGUGCCACGAAAACUUAAGCUACUUUUCCGACUUUUCUUACAGGCAAAUAUUCAUCGGCAGAUGAAGAAUAUUGUAGAUUUGUAUACUACACUACUUAAGUUUGCAAGUAUAAUUACUGAAACCAUACCUAUUCAUCAAAAAUAUAUAGCUUCAAAUCAGGCAGAAAAGUCAUACUACAAAAAGAAAUUACUACUCGCACUAGAAGAAAUGGAAUCUUUGAAGCCACAAGUUCAGAAGCGAACGAAUGAAAUCCGAAAUGGUCAUGCUGCAAAUAUCAGGCAUCGAGUUGAGAAACCAGAAACAAGUGGAUCUGAUAGGCAAAUUCCUAACCAUACCACUUCCUUGCACCUUGAAAUUAAACAGAAUUCGGGUACAUCAGGACCGUGUGUUCCUCCAAGAGGAAGUAGAACCGAGCAGAAGUGCCCAGAAUCAGGUCCUAGUUCAAGUACUGCAACUGCAAUCCCAUCAGAUCCACCAAUUGAGAGCCUAUUCAUAGAUGACGGUCCAAUUCCCCCUUAUUUCGUUGAUUCAAAUCCUGUUGAUGCGACAACCUCAAUGGUAAAUCGAGAGAACUUAAAUGUUAAAGAAGUUGAAGAGAAAGGAAAUACCAGUGCAUCUACAUCAUGUGUGAUAUGUUUGGACGCCCCAAUUGAGGGGGCUUGUGUACCAUGUGGUCACAUGGCCGGGUGCAUGUCUUGUUUGAAUGAAAUCAAAGCCAAAAAAAUGAGUUGCCCAGUGUGUCGUGCCAAGGUUGAGCUAGUUUUGCGUCUGUAUGCUGUUUGA